GAUUUGUGCAGGUGCUUGGUGCGUGUGGUGACCGUUUUUGUGGCGCAAAAUUCGACUUUCCGCGAUUUUUUUUGAAUACGAAGUUGUUGCUUUUUGCCUAGUUAAUACCGGGCAAAAUGUGACGACUUUAUAUUCGGCGCGUAUCGAAACACGUAGCGUUCUCGUUUCCGCAGCGACCAUGCGCGUUACAACAUGAAAAAGAUCUGCGACAAAAUCACCAAACAGCAAUGGAGGAUCACGGUGCCUAACAUCAACUCAUCGAUGUUCCGAAAAUCGCCAUCCAAAGACGAAACGUCCAAGAGUCCGGACAGAGGAUCGAAGAGGUCCUCGGGUUUCUACGACCUCCAGGAGGCGCAGCUCGAGUUCGACAAGGCGAGGAGUUUGCCGACGAGCAUCUACAUAGACAGCGCUUCGAGUUCGUGUAGCGAAGAUGGUCACUACGAAGACGCCAACGAGAGCGGGAUCGAAAAACGGUCGAGCAAAAACGACACCGACUUGGAGCAAUUCACCGACGCGGAGGAGAGCUUGGGCUCGAAAAACAUCAGCAAAAACAAUAGCCAGUUCGAAUAUGACGUGCCCAGGAUAAGUUUUAAGUUUUUCGAAAAGAAUACCGAUGAAAACCAUUACGAAAACGAGGAGGAGCCGGUUUUAAUCGAGCACACUGCGAAGGGCGAGUUCGAAAUCGAAUUGGAGACGCGUGGGGAUCUACGUGAGGAGCAAAUAAGAUGUCAUCCGUCGGAAAAGUUCGUAAGUCAGACGGAAAUUUUGGUGCGCAAGAGUUACGAACAUUUGCCGGUCGGUAUGGUGAAGUCGGGCAGCGAUCCGAACAUAGUGCUGCGUGCUCAGGACGAAGACGAAGGUUUCUACAAAGUGCCCCGGUCGCUUCAAGUGAAGCACAGACUGUCUCAGUCUUUAAACGACUUCGAUCCGGAAUCGGAAGACGUUCAGAAAUUGAACGAGUCGAACCGUUCGAGUAUCGAGCACAUAUCCUGCAGUCAGGUGAUUGCCGUGACGUCACCGAAUCAGCUGGGCGACACUUCUCGAGAUAAUCCGGAAAAUUUGGAUUACUGCAAGGCUCGAAGCAGACUUCCUUUGCGGAUCAGGCGGCCCACAUUGCUGAAGAAACCGAACAAGGCGGUCGACACUUGGAACCACUUUCGCACGAGAGUUAGCAACAUGUUAUCGGAACAGGCGGCGCAGCAGAGGGUGGGCGCGUUUAGCGAUCGCGAAAAGUUGUCGAUCAAUUUCGAGGAAAUGUACAAAAAUUCGAAGACCAAGUGCAAGAAAGUUUUCCAGAACACCGGUAAAAUGUUCGUGAAAAGUCACGGGAAGAAAAGUAGUGAAAAUUCGGACGCAGAUAGCAGCUGCAACAAUUCGCCUUCGUCGGGGAUCAGAUCUGAUGGGUUCCCGUUUAGGCCGCGACUACAAGCUAGUGAUAUAGAAUACAAACUGAAUAUAAGCGACCAAAACGAGAAACACGACGUUUUGAGUGAGAACGAGGACAAUAUGGCGAACGAUAUCGGUUCGCCGGACGAUAAGAGGGAAGAGUUUGAUUUUUCUACGAUCAAGAGUGCCUUUAAAAAGAAGUUGUUUAUCCCUGAGGGUCAAAACGGGUUUGAAGACUUGCGCAGAUAUGUGAAGCAGGGCGGCGACUUCUGCAAGGAAUUGGCCACGAUUCUGCAGGAGAGAGCGGACGCUGAGACCCAGUACGCGAAAAACUUGUCGAAACUGAGCAACAAACUUUCGAGGGCGUGUAGGGACGGCGUCGGUGGCAUAAACGAAGCCUGGAAAGCGGUGGCAAACGAGUUGGAAAAUAAAGCGGAAGCUCACAGGAUCGUUGGUACCGCGCUCUUGGAGGAAACCGCGAAACCGCUAAGGAAUCUCACUGAAAAUCAACACAGAACCAGGAAACAGUGCGAGGCAGCCGUGGAAAAAGCUGCUAGAUUGUUGGGAGAUUGGAGGGCCGCUGAAGCCAAGGGAAAGAAGCACAGUCACUCCUGCGCGAGGGACAAUGAAAAACUGCAAGACGCCGCCAUUAUCGAUACGAGUAAAUAUGGAAAACAAACAUUAUCGAAAAGCACGAGCCUGAUUCAUUUAGCGCAGCGGCAGAAUUCCGUGGAUAAGGAAAACGCAAAGCUGGAGGGAAAGAAAAAGAAAGCCGAGGACGCGGUAAAAAAAGCAGACAUCGAAUAUUACACUCUUUGCGUGAGGGCCGAGAGAGCGAGAUUGGAAUGGGAGUCGGCCGUUCUUCGCGGUGUGAGCACAUUCCAAUCGUUGGAAGAGGAGAGACUGAAUCAUUUAAAAGUGGCGUUAUCGUCGUAUUUAAAGCACAAUGCCGAAUUUGGCCCCAGACUUAUCGAGGCAACUGAAAGACUGAAAGCGCCGGCAACUCACGCCGAUCCUUCGAGGGACCUAAUAACCUUUCAGAAUUUGAGGCAAACAUCGCAGCAGGUUUCGGAACAACUCCUACCAGAUUUCUAUUGCGAACAUAUCACGUUGGCGAUGAACAGGGAGAGAAGAAAACAGGCUCUGGUCAAACUGUUGCACCUCAUUCGGCAGGACAUAGAAAGGGAAAGGAAAUCCAAAAACGGAUUGGAAAAAUUCUCAAACGCCAUAAAGCAAACCCCAAGUUUCGGCAAUGAAGAUUCCCAACAGAGUGUCACCGAAAAAAUGUACCAUAUGAAGUCAAUGCUCACCUACCUCGAAGGAGCGCGCUACAAAGUCCAAAGCGCUCUGGCGGAGCUCGACAGUAGACCAAGAGCGGGUCAUCCACUCGCGCCCCACAUAACAAUCACGAGAGACAAAUCCGGCCUACAGCAAAGCGUGUUAAAGGUUCCGCAAUGGCUUAGGGAAGAAUUUAUCGAAACGGAUCGUAGUCCGAUGAGUGAGAAGUCUUUAAAGUCGGACCAUUCGGAUCCGCAUUUGAACGAGGCGGACGACGGCGAUUGGAACGACAGAGGAGCUGCGGACGGAAAUUCGAAUCAACUCGACUCUUCGGAUUUCGAUGAAUUCUCCUCUCAAUGCAGCAGUUCCGGAAAUCCCGCAGAAGCGGAAAACCCGGUACACCCGAUUGCGAGGUGUCGGGCGAUCUACGCCUACACCCCCAAUUUACCCGACGAGUUGUCGCUAAAGCCUGGUGACGUCCUGCAAGUGUACAGGCAGCAGGAUGACGGCUGGUGGCUGGGAGAGUGCAACGGUAGCGUAGGCAUUUUUCCUGCGACAUACGUCGAGAUUGUACCUUCGUGAUAGUUGGGUGGCGUUUAACAUCCUGUAGCAGGACGGAACGGGCGUGUCUGUCGAACUAAUAAGGAAAAUUUUGUAUUCAGGUGUAUUAACAUAGGAGAUUAAUUUGUCUCGAUCUUAUUUUGUUCUAAUAUUGUACAAAAUAUCGACGCGUGAAAACCCUGUCUGCGAACUGUUCAUAAUGUUGUUACUUGUAAAUAAACUAACUACAUGUAUCCAUUUAAUAACGUAAUAUUAAAAUCGAUUUCUGUAAUCAUUU